AUGUGUCGGUAUUUCAUAUAAAUAAUAAAAAAGAUAAACAUAUAUCAUGGCUCAGGACAUGACUCUGCUGUGGUGCACCGGCUCUGCUCCUUGCUGGCGGGUGAUGAUCGUCCUGGAGGAGAAGAAGCUGCAAGGUUACAACCAAAAACUGCUGUCCUUUGAAAACAUGGAGCACAAAUCCCAGCAGGUGUUGGACAUGAAUCCUCGAGGACAGUUUCCCUCCUUCAAACAUGGGAACAACAUUGUGAACGAGUCUUAUGCAGCUUGUUUUUACCUGGAGAGCCAGUUCAAGUCUCAGGGAAGCAGAUUGAUCCCAGACGGGCCGGCAGAGCAAGCACUGAUGUACCAACGCAUGUUUGAGGGUCUCACGUUCUACGAUAAACUCGGUGCAGUUAUUUACUACGACUGGUUUGUCCCUGAGGGCGAGCGUCAUGACUCGGCUCUGAAGAGAAACAAGGAAACCCUGACCACUGAGCUCCAACUCUGGGAGAGUUACCUGCAGAAGCUGGACUCGGCCUCUCACCUGGCUGGAUCGUCCUUUUCGCUGGCGGAUGUGAUGGUAUUUCCAACUGUUGCCAUUCUUUUCAUAUUUGGGCUUUCGGCAGAACGCUACCCUAAACUGGCAGAGUAUUACGCUCUGUUAAAGGACAGACCCAGCAUCAAGGCCAGCUGGCCUCCUACCUGGCUGGAGAACCCCAAGGAACAAGACACACUGAAAGACAUCUAAAAAGAGAAACAGAAAUUAACUAAACC